AUGGAAAAUCUGAGUAGGUACUUCAAGGUUUUGAUUAUCUGUCUUUUGGCCUCAUCGACUCAUGCUCAGCUGGAGCUAGGAUUUUAUUCUAAGAGCUGUCCAAAAGCCGAACAAAUCAUUCAAAAAUUUGUUCAUGAACAUAUCCGCAAUGCGCCAUCGCUUGCGGCUGCUUUAAUAAGAAUGCAUUUUCAUGAUUGUUUUGUCAGGGGAUGUGAUGGAUCAGUUCUUCUGAACUCAACAACCAACCAAGCUGAAAAAAAUGCUCCUCCAAAUCUUACAGUUAGAGGAUUUGAUUUUAUUGACAGAAUCAAGAGCCUUGUUGAAGCCGAAUGUCCUGGUGUUGUUUCUUGCGCUGAUAUCAUAGCCUUAUCUGCUAGAGACUCUAUUGUAGUCACGGGUGGUCCCUAUUGGAAAGUUCCAACAGGUAGAAGAGAUGGAGUAAUAUCAAACUUGUUGGAAUCCAAUCAAAACAUUCCUGCUCCAUUUAACAACUUCACCACCCUCCAAACUCUCUUUGCCAAUCAAGGACUUGAUCUAAAAGACUUAGUCCUCCUCUCAGGUGCUCACACAAUUGGUAUCUCUCUUUGCACUUCAUUUUCGAACCGUUUGUACAAUUUUACUGGAAAGGGUGAUGAAGAUCCAUCACUUGACAGUGAAUAUGCAACAAAUCUUAAGACAUUCAAAUGCAAGAACAUCAAUGACAAUACUACAAUAGUCGAAAUGGACCCCGGAAGUCGAAACACUUUUGAUCUUAGUUAUUAUAGUCAAGUUGUCAAAAGGAGAGGUUUGUUUGAAUCUGAUUCUGCUUUGUUGACAAAUUCAGUUACAAAGUCUUUGGUGACUCAAUUUCUUCAAGGGUCACUUGAAAAUUUCUAUGCUGAAUUUGCUAAAUCAAUUGAGAAAAUGGGUCAAAUUAAAGUUAAGACAGGGUCACAGGGUGAGAUCAGGAAACAUUGUGCACUUGUAAAUAGCUAA